UUUCUCAUUACAAAAUUUGAUGGUACAUCAGCAUGAGCUUUUGUGUUCAGUAGGUGAAAAUAGCAGGUACAGGGGAGAAGGAUGUCAAAACUUUAUUGAUUAGAGGCUGUUGCACCAUAAUUUGAUGAACUUCCAUUCAGUUUAAAUUUUCUGUGAAUCAAUCAAUAAAUGAAUCCAGUUGAAUUGGAACAACCUUCUCUCACGAAUGUAAGAUACAAGUUUUUUUGCCAAGGAUUAGAGCAUUGAUAUUGGCAACAUUAUAUUAUUUCCUGAAUUAAUAUGGAAGACACCGUUCAGCGAAAGGAAACAGUGAUUGAAUACAUCAUCGCGUAAUGAAAAGGGGUACAUUUUGAGGAUACAUGUAGCAGUUCAAACACUGUCAAUAUUUCAGGUUAUCAUCUCAAUUGAAAAGAUACUGCAACAAGCCAACUCUUCACACAACCUGCAUAGCUACAGAAAUAUCUUCAAACAUGGAGACAACACCAGGACUCAAUUACAGCCUCCUGAUGGACAACACAGCUGAAAAUGGCACACAGAGAGUUAUUUCAGUAUAUGAGCUGUAUGGAUACUUCAACGUUAUUAUUGUGGCGACACUAUUUUCUUUGAUUGCUUUUGUAGGACUUACAGGAAAUACCAUGGUCUUCAUAGCUGUUGGAUUAUCUCGCAAACUCCAUAACAUCACCAAUGCUUUCAUCGUCAACCUUGGUAUCUGUGAUUUUAUAUCCUGUGCUGUCCUGCCCUUCCAUGCUGUUGCUGUGAUAUCAGAGGAUGGAUGGCCUCUUGCAGAUUGGUUCUGUUCAUUUAUUGCAUCUUUGUCUAUCAUCACUCAAACCGCUGGUAUCUUGAACCUCACCCUGAUAAGUCUUAAUAGAUACAUCUUGAUCACCAAGCCUCGGCAGUUCUACAUGAAGGUGUACACCCAUCACAAGGUUGCCUGGAUGAUCGUCUUUACAUGGCUCUUCCCAUUCUUCUUUCUACUUGUGCCACAGUUCUUUCUUGGUGGGUUGGGUUACCAAGACAUGUUUCGGAUCUGCAUCUGGGACUCGCGCCACAAGUUUGCUCUCAUAUUCCAGGGAAUCGGUGCCCUUGCUUUCAUCGUCUCCACUAUUCUAAUCAUUUUCUCCUAUGUCUCCAUCUUCCUCUUUGUCCGACGACACAUGCGCAUGAUGGCCAACAAAGAAGAUGGCUGCGAAGGAUCAGUAGAAAUUGUUGAAGAGGAGAGUGCUCUUAAUGAUAACACAGUUGUCCAAACAGUCAAAUCACAAAGAACAAACAAGAAGAAAACAAUCAGUAAGAAACAAAUUGAUAUCACUAAGAACCUCUGUGUAGUAGUUGUGGCUUUCUUCAUCUGUAUCUUGCCUUACACCAUCCACCUUCCCACAGGAAUCUACGAUAUGAGAGGAACAUACUUUGCACUGUUAUUCAUGGCCAAUGCUUGCAUAAAUCCUAUUCUUUAUGCGGUGAAGCAUCCACAUUUCAAGAUUAUCUUCAGCUGCAUGUUUAGAUGCAAGUAUUCAGAUAUUCCCAUGCCCACAAUGGGACUGAAGAAAAUUAUGAGAACUGCAAAUUCAGCAUCAGCAUACAGCAGCACCGAUGGUAGAUUUGCCUGAGUGGCAGAUGUGAUGUGGCGAAUUCCCUAGCUUCUUGCAUCAUGAUGUGACUAAUUCUAAAAUAAGUUUCAUGUCUAUAAGAGUCUAUGGACAUGAAACAAUAAUGAAACUACUGACCUAUUAUUGGGUUUAUACCAACUACCUAAUAUUCUGCAGAUAAAUCUUGUGACAUCAUUUGUCAGUGAGUUGGUCAUAGUAAAUGGUCGGACUAUGUCAGUCAUCUGCAGAUUUAGUAGAUAUGAGUAGUAGAUGUGAUGUGACAAAUCCCUUUGCUUCUUGCAUCUUGAUGUAACUAAUUUGAAGUUUCAUGUCUAAAGUCUAUGGACAUGAAACGAUAAUGGAACUAUUGGCCAUUUAAUGGUUUUCUACCAACUACCUAAUAUUCUGCAGAUAUAUCCUGUGACAUCACUUGUCAGUGACUUGGUCAUAGUAAACGGUCAGAAUAAGGCAGUCAUCUACAGAUUAGUCAGUCUACAUAAGCAGUCAUUUUGUGAGUCAGUAAGCAGCUAAUAGUCGGACUGUAAUUUUUUGAAAGUGCUCUUGGUAUCAAUUGGAAAAUCAGGUUCGCAAGAUCUGUACCUCGCAUCUUUUUGCAAACAUGGCCUUUUAAUUGAUAAUGUAUAUAAUGCAUGCAGUUUGAUAUUAAGGAAAAGAAAAAGGCAUUAUUUCUGUGUUUUCUUGAAUUUGCUUUGGAUGACUUAUGAUAAAAAGCAUCAUUUGCUUUUCUGGGAUGACAUGUAUACAUGUAUGUCCUUUGUUAUAAUUUACAAUUUCACUUGUAUAAUCAAUUUAUGUCAUGUGACCAAGCACCAAAAAACCCCUCAAAAUUGCACUGUGUGGUAUCCAAUUGAAGCCAAUUGAGAGUAGUUUGGUCUGAAUAUUCUAAUUUCAGACUUCUGUGUUUUCUGAAAGAGUAUACUCUCCCCUAUUUACUGAAAAAAAAUGGAUGUACCAAUCAAACCAUAAGUGCAAAUUUUUAGAGUUUUCACUAUAGCUAUUUUUGUCUUUUUUAGUUAAUUGUAAUCAUGUUUUGUUUUCACGAAAACCUGAAUAUUCAUCUCUUUUUAAAGUUCUAACAUUAAUACUUGUUUAAACUAAUGGACAGGAUGCAACUAAUUGGUAUGUGAGCUUUGGGGACAAUCUGAUAAUUACUUCUAUUGAUUUUUAAUGAUUAAUCUUCCUUCUGUCUACAAUACACAAUACUAGUAGUAGAAGAGUAAGUGCUUGAGUAAGUGCUCAAGUGACUAGUUUUUAAUCCUCUUUUCUUGAAAGGAGUGUUCCAGGGUAGUGACCAUUCUCCUCUUUAUCUGAAUGGUUAGGAUCAAUCAUUGUUAAUGAAUUAUGUAUCAUUAUAAAGCUUAGAAUCUCCCCUUUCAGAGGGGAUAUUUAACUAGAAUUUCAUUUUGGCCACUAUUUGUGGGUUUUGUGAUGCCUGGUCACAUAUAUAUAUACCAGUUUUUAUGUUCACAUUUUCCAUACACGUGAAACCUUGUCUAAGAUACAAAUUAUUUUGUUCUUAAAGUCUCAGGAAUAUCACAUUUUCCUAUUAAAUUUUUAUCUCAAUAUGAACUUUUAUCCAGCAUUAUAGAUAUUUUUUGUAAAUAUGAAAUAAUGAAAGUUAUUGCAGAAUAAAGAAUAUAAAUACAGUGAAAAUAUUUGCUUGUGGUAAAGUAUUCUUAUAUAUUACUAUUCAGUUUACAUAAAUUUGCUAAAGUACUUGGAGACUUAUACAUUGAUUUGCCUACAAUGUGUAAAAAUGUACAUAGCAUAUAACAUUUUGAAUAAAAAACAGCAUUUUUUGUGAAUAAUUGAGUAAAUAGAGCCAUAUUUUACUCAUUGUAUUGCAUUGUCAAACUUCAUAUUACUUUCUUUAAUAUGUGAAAUGUAAGGCAUGUAUUCUUGUCUAAGACAAGACAAUUUCCAAAUCAGAUUUUCACAAUGAAGCAAAAUUAAAGCAACUUCAUUGAAGAAGAAUUACAAAUUGAAUUCUUUAAAACCAUAAAGAAUGAAAUACAUUCAUUGCUAAAGUGUAUAAAUGGAUGAAAAGGUAAUAACAAAAAAGUCUAGUUAGCUUAGUGCUAGUUCAGAGAAAAUGCAACAAACCCCUAAACAAAUCGUCGCACGCACCACGAACAGUCCUCUCUGCGAACUUCGAUGCGCGAUAGCGCACUGUAUCUAUUCCACGAACCGUCCUCUCUGUUACAAUGCCCACUGUGGCGUAAAUAAUUAAUUUCAAGAAAAUAUAAAGAUACGGGAUGAAACCUUAGAACCUAAACUUUUGAACGAAGACACCGGUAAAUAAUUGGCUCUCCUUGUAGAUGCACUUAAUGCUGGUUUUAAAAAAGCUUUCUUUAAAUGCGUUUUCUGCAAAACUAACUUUCGCAUCGAAGUGCGCAGAGAGGACGGUUCGUGGUGUGUGCGACGAAAUGAAACAUCCCAUUUCAAAUGAAUAUGCCAAUUGGUCCAAACUAACACAAAUAGACCCAUGUCAUCAGGUUUCACUGUAACUUGAUAAUUUGAUUUGUCCAGUUUUCAUGUAUUAAAACCAACCCCUCCCCAUCUAAACAUCUACCUCUGCAUGCAUUGAUGUUUCUUAGCACCACUUCACAUCCCAUUUCCUUUGACAAAACAAUUGCAGGUUUUGUUGCACCAAGUCUGAAGUGCAUGUUAAAUGAGAUAGAGGUAUAUAAUCGACUUUGAUAGAAUAAGUUGGUUAAUGGAGUUUCUUGAUAAAGUUGUUCAUUGAUGCAAUCAGAAACUUGAUAAGACAUUGCAACCAACAUUUUUGGUGAACAAGUGUAUUUGAUAAUCUUAAACCUGGUGAACUAGCAUUGUCCAUGCCCAAAGCACCGAAUCACAUGUGAGCAACAAAAAUAAAGUUCCUUUGCCAUAUGAAUCUGAAUCAAGCCUGUACCAACAACAGUGUAAGUUGUGCUGCAUUUCUGCAAUUUUCCUUUAUUCAACCAAAAGAAAAUGAUUGCAAUUUUCUUGUUCACAAAAAAGUGACUGCACAUGUACCAUCAAAACAAAAUUAAUACCACCGUUUUUUUUAGUCUCUUUUUUAUUAAAGUGUAUGUAAUGAAUUAAUUGCCACCUGCUCUAAUUCACAAGAGGUUUGAUACAAGCAGAAACCAUUUCAUUUCUAAAUCUAGAAUGAGAUCUGGGGAACUUUACAUUAAAAAAGUCAGCAGCUUUCAAAGACAAUGAUAUAAGCUACAGCAAAUUUUUUGAUCUGCAAAUCACUCAUAAAGCUCUUUCAGAAAUGAUCCAUCACUAGAAUUCUAUAUAAUGAAAAUGAAGGUAAACUAUGUCCCUUGAAAGUUAAUGGACAUAUAUGUUCAUUUUAACAAAGAUAUUUUCAACUCAUGAAAUGAAAUCAUUUAAUGUGUUCGAUAAAACUUUGAAAAAACUUAAAUGUACAAUUACUGUGUGCACAUACUUGUCUAAUUAAUCAUAUGCCUUACUCCAGAAGUAAUGACUGAUAAUAAUGAAAAGAGAAGUAAAGUGUCCGUCAGACCGUAACACCACAGUAAUGAGCUGUUUGAGCACAAUUUAUUGAGUUUGUAAGAGGUACCUUUUUUUUUUCUUCCUGUCGAGUGUAGACUGCCAUUGGCUGAUUGGCAUAUCAUACUAGUUGUGCUUGUCAAGUCCCUAGAUGAAUAGAGCCAAUGAAAAUCUCUAGAAAACUAUGUGCGGCUGAAAAAAGAAGAGGCCUCAACAAAGCCUCCUUUGCUGCACCUCCGGCUAGAAAGACAUGAGGGCAGUGGCUAGGGACGAGGGAGGUACUGAAAGAGGGAUAGAGUGGAAAUCAUUAAGAGUAAUUACUGGAACAUUUAUGUGAUGAGGUUAUGUACAGUAUUAAUAAUAUCCCUUGAAAAUUGUAUCUCCUCUCCAUCUUUUAGAACAACCUGUGCCCUUUAACAAACAUAUGGAUCUCAUAUUCUCCAAGAUUGUAUUCUAUAACUACAUCAAAUAUAACUUUUUACUCUGAAAAGUACAGAAUUAAAAUCCAUUUAUUUCAAUCAAUCCAUAUUGUGUAGUUUGUAAGGAUGUUUCUUAUUCAAUGGAAUGCAUCAGAUAUCUAUCUCUAUCAUUAUCUCGUUCAUGGGUCUUUCUCCGGUUCCAACAUGCAAUGCAUACACACUAUUUCCUGGGAAUAAAAACAUAAUUAUAUCAAACAUAAUCAUAUAAUUUGAUUCUUGUUAUUAUUCUUCAAGGUAAAUUUAAGAAGAGAUGCUUGGCGGAUCGCGCGUGUAUCCCUGAAUCCACCACAUCAUCCGUCAUAGUGAUAUAUAGAGCUCACACAAAAAUUUGACAAAUACAAUUGUCAUGGUAACAAUGACCCUGCCCAUAAUUUGCCUGUGGGUAACAAAUUUGAUGACAAUAAUGUGACUUAGCAGCAUGACUCUGCAGAACCUAAAGUAGGCCUACUGUCCAGUAUCACCUGUCGGGGAAUACAAUUAUAGAGUAAUCUGGAAAUAUUUUGUAAACUGUACUAUCGUAAGUGUUCUUUUGUUAUGAUGUUUUGAAGGAUACCGUACGAGACGGUCGGUAAUAAAAGUGAGAAACAGAAAAAACAGUGUUCGAUCCACUUUUGUUGUUUUGAGAAUAUCUAAACAUUAUAUUGGCGACGAGUAGAGUGAGGAUGAAUCUCCCACAAUUUGAACGAUUUUCUGUGCAUGAUGAGCCGGCAAAAGUUGGACAAAGAUGGGCAAAAUACGUCAAGAGACUGGGUAAUUUGUUUACGGCAUUUGCUAUAAAAGAUGCCAAGCAGCAACGAGCACUUCUCCUCCACUAUGCUGGACCGGAGGUUUCGCA